UAAGCGCUCGUCUCCACGAGUGCCCAACCUUUCGGUUUUGGAACCCUAACGGGGAGCUGUUGUCGUCUGCCUCCUCUUCUGCCUCCGUUGCCUCGCCACCUUCCCGAUCCAGGAUGAAGCUCGUUAGGUUCUUGAUGAAGCUCAACAACGAGACCGUCUCGAUCGAGCUCAAGAACGGUACCGUUGUCCACGGAACCAUCAUAGGUGUGGAUAUUAGCAUGAAUACUCACUUGAAAACUGUGAAACUCACAGUGAAAGGGAAAAAUCCAGUCACUCUUGAUCACCUAAGCGUGAGAGGCAACAAUAUCCGCUACUACAUCCUGCCUGACAGUCUGAACCUCGAGACACUAUUGGUCGAGGAGACACCUCGGGUCAAGCCCAAAAAGCCAACUGCAGGGAGAUCCAUGGGACGUGGUCGUGGCCGUGGCCGUGGACGGGGACGAGGUCGGGGCCGUUAACAGCAUCACUCUCUUCAUAAUUUUUUGCAUCAUCAUCUGUCCGUGUACAAAUAGCCUGCUCUUUAUCGAGAAGUAUCAUUUGGAAGCUUCUCUUCACAAAAUGGCAAGCAGGACUAUCUGUUUUAGCUCUAAACAGCAGUUAAGUUUUUAUCCAGUAGGACCAAACUUUAGAAUCAAGUGAAAAGAAAGAAGAAAACAAGAACUGUGUGCUGUAAGAUUGUUCUGUAUUUGUGGGCUGCACUAGAAUUGUUGUAUUCCUGCUUGUUUGGUUCAUAUACGUUGUUGGUUAUCAGAGACAAAUCUGAGUUCUUGCA